GAAAACCGCUACGGCUACCAAAACCGCUUUUUGUUUUUGUUCUUCUUCCUCUGCUUCUGCGUCCGCUUCUUCUUCUUCUUCUUCUUCUUCUUCAUCGUCCCAUUAUUCUCUGAUCCCUUCGCCAUGUUUCUCCUCUUCUCCUCGUAACCCACGAAAGGGCAUAUAAUGGAGGACGAUCCCCGAGAGCACGUCGAUGCCUCACCUGUGGCCUCGUCACGGAGCCCCGACCAUCGCGGCGACGCCUCCUUCUCCGGCGCCGGCGACGAAGUAGUAGGGAGCCCGCCGGGCUCCGUCGCUGAGGACGACGGCCUUUUCGAGCCCGUCUCCCUGCGCGAUCUCGACCGCCCCGCGGCGGCGCCCGCCACCCCCGGCGACUCCCUCCGAUCGUCGGCCUCCGACGAUCCGAACCGAUCCUCCGGGAACGGCGACGACGCCGACGCCGCGUCCGAGGGCUCGGCGCGCGCGGCGAUGGAGCUCGACGCCGCCCUCGGAGCGGAGAUGCGGCCGCCCGAUCGCGGGAUCAAGCCGUCGUCCUCCUCGGCGAGCUUCGACUCGUAUCCGUCCCCCGCGGAGUCGCCGCGCAGGCCCAGGGCGAAGGCGGCGAUGCCCGACGUGCCCCCGGAGCUCGUCCACCUGGUGGACUCGGCGAUCAUGGGGAAGGCGGAGAGCCUGGAGCGGAUCCGAUCGCUGGUCUCCGGCGGCGGGAGCGAGGAUUUCGGCGACGUGUCGAGAUCGGUGGUGGACGCGCUUCUCGCGACGAUGGGCGGGGUGGAAGGUCUCGACGAGACGACGGGCGCGAGCAUUGAUUCCGGGAACCCUCCAACUGUGAUGCUUAAUUCCACAGCUGCCGUGAUCGCCGCAGAGCUUACCCCAUGGCUUCCUUGGGAAGGCGACUCGGCGACCUACAUGUCUCCGAGAACCAGAAUGGUCAGAGGAUUACUGAUGAUCCUUAAGGCUUGCACGCGAAACCGCGCGAUGUGCUCGGCUUCUGGUUUGCUAGGCGUCCUCCUGGAGUCCGCGGAAAGAAUGUUUCUUGGUAGAGUACCUUGGGACGGCAUGCCAUUGUGUCAGUGCAUUCAGGUUUUAGGGGGCCAUUCGUUGAGUGUCAAAGAUCUCCAUUCUUGGCUCAAUGUGAUCAAGAAAACCAUUGCUACCGAUUGGGCGAUGCCGCUGAUGCUGUCGCUCGAGAAGGCCGUGGGGAGCAAGGAAUCUAGAGGACCAGCUUCUACGUUCGAGUUUGACGGUGAAAGCUCCGGCCUGCUUGGCCCGGGAGAGAGCCGGUGGCCGUUCUCUAAUGGGUACGCUUUUGCUACUUGGAUUUACAUCGAAUCCUUUGCUGAUAGUCUCAACACGGCAACCGCUGCUGCAGCCAUUGCGGCAGCUGCAGCAGCCAAAUCGGGUAAGUCAUCUGCGAUGUCGGCAGCGGCGGCUGCAAGUGCUUUGGCAGGAGAAGGGACCGCUCACAUGCCGAGGCUUUUUAGCUUUCUGUCUUCGGAUAACCAAGGAGUGGAGGCCUACUUCCAUGGGCAGUUCUUGGUGGUGGAGAGCAGCAGCGGGAAGGGAAGGAAAUCGUCUUUGCAUUUCACUUUCUCCUUCAAGCCGCAGUGCUGGUACUUUGUUGGGUUGGAGCAUGUGUGCAAGCAGGGUCUGCUUGGGAAGGCCGAGAGCGAACUAAGGCUGCAUGUGGAUGGACACCUGUACGAGAGCCGGCCGUUUGAGUUUCCACGCAUCUCGAAGCCUCUGUCCUUUUGCUGCAUAGGGACGAACCCACCUCCCACCAUCGCUGGUUUGCAGCGCCGCCGCCGGCAGUGUCCCCUUUUUGCAGAGAUGGGCCCUAUUUAUAUCUUCAAGGAGCCCAUUGGGCUGGAGAGAAUGACUCGACUGGCUUCAAGGGGAGGUGAUGCAUUGCCUUGUUUUGGAAAUGGGGCGGGAUUACCGUGGUUGGGAACAAAUGACCAUGGUAGACGCCUGGCGGAAGAGAGCUACAUGCUGGACAAUGAGAUCGGAGGAAGCUUGCAUCUUCUUUAUCAUCCCAGUCUACUCGGUGGUCGGUUCUGUCCGGAUGCUUCACCCUCUGGUGCAGCAGGUGUUCAUCGGAGGCCUGCUGAGGUUCUUGGCCAGGUACAUGUUGCUUCUCGAGUGCGCCCUGUAGAAUCCUUAUGGGCCUUAGCCUAUGGAGGUCCGAUGGCUUUGCUUCCACUAACAGUGAGCAAUGUACAGAUGGAUAGCCUGGAACCUAAGCUUGGUGAUUUUCCUUUAUCUCUUGCUACUGCUUCACUUUCUGCCUCUAUUUUCAGAAUUAUCGCCAUGGCGAUUCAAUAUCCCGGAAAUAAUGAAGAGUUAUGUCGAACACGGGCUCCAGAACUUUUGUCAAGGAUACUACAUUACCUUCUGCGGACACUUUCUGCUUUGGACCUUGGGAAACAAAAUGGCCUAAGUGAUGAGGAGCUUGUUGCUGCAAUAGUGUCUUUAUGUCAGUCUCAGAGAAAUAAUCAUACACUUAAAGUGCAGCUUUUUACUACUUUGCUAUUGGAUCUUAAGAUGUGGAGUUCGUGCAAUUAUGGUCUGCAGAAGAAACUUCUGUCCUCACUUGCAGACAUGGUUUUUACAGAGUCUGCUUGCAUGCGGGAUGCGAAUGCUCUCCAAAUGCUUCUUGAUGGCUGCAGAAGGUGCUAUUGGGUUGUUCGUGAAGCAGAUUCCAUUGAUACUUUCUCACUUCACGGAGCAUCCAGGCCUGUUGGGGAAGUCAAUGCUCUAGUCGAUGAGCUGUUGGUGGUAAUCGAGCUAUUAAUAGGAGCUGCAUCUUCUUCAUUGGCUGCUGAUGAUAUUCGUUGUUUGAUAGGUUUUGUUGUUGACUGUCCGCAACCUAAUCAGGUUGCAAGGGUUCUGCACCUCAUCUACAGAUUGAUCGUGCAGCCCAACACUCAAAGGGUUCAAACAUUUGCUCAAGCCUUCAUUUCCUCUGGGGGAAUAGAAGCACUUCUUGUUCUUUUGCAGAGAGAAGCUAAAACUGGUGAUCAUUGUAUUGUUGAAACACAUACUGUCUCUGGUACUGAUGAUGCUGCAAAGAUUGAUUCUAAAAUAGAAGCUACUAUUAGUGAACCGGAAGGCCAAGAUAAGCAACUUGAAUCACCCAUACAAAGUCAGGCUGCCUACCCUGAAGUGGGCAUGCAAAAUGAACCCUCUAAUAAUGGUUCUUUGAAUACUCCCUCUGGCUUAAACAUUGAAAGAAUAACUUCUGCAUCAGAGAACCAACUCCUAAGAAAAUUGGGUGGCAUUAGUUUCUCAAUUACUGCAGAUAGUGCCAGGAGUAACGUGUAUAAUAUUGAUAACGGUGAUGGCAUUCUUGUUGGGAUAAUCCACAUAUUGGGUGCUUUAGUCAUGUCUGGUCAUGUGAAAUUCAGCCCCAGUGUUACUGCUUCUAGUCUACCAGGCAACCUUUUGAACACUGUUCCUGAAGAAGGGAGUACGAUGUUCGACGAUAAAGUUGCUUUACUGCUUUUUGCACUUCAAAAAGCUUUCCAAGCUGCCCCAAAAAGGCUUAUGACUUCUAAUGUCUACAUAGCUUUAAUUGCUGCUGCGAUUAAUGUUUCUUCAACUGAUGAUGGCCUAAAUCUAUGUGAUUCUGGUCACCGCUUUGAACAUGUUCAACUUUUAUUGGUUCUCCUUCGCUCUCUUCCAUAUGCUUCCAGGGCAUUGCAGGCUCGAGCUAUACAGGAUCUUCUGUUUUUGGCUUGCAGUCAUCCAGAAAAUAGAAGUACUCUCAAUUCCUUGGCGGAAUGGCCUGAAUGGAUUUUGGAAGUUCUUAUAUCUAAUUAUGAGAUGGGUGUUAGCAAAGACACCAAUGGUGUAAGCAUUGGUGAAAUUGAAGACCUCAUACACAACUUUCUCAUUAUAAUGUUAGAGCAUUCGAUGCGUCAAAAGGACGGGUGGAAGGAUGUGGAAGCAACAAUUCAUUGCGCAGAAUGGUUAUCAAUGGUUGGUGGAUCAAGUACAGGGGACCAACGAAUCAGACGCGAAGAGUCUUUGCCAAUUUUCAAAAGAAGGUUGUUGGGUGGCCUCCUUGAUUUUGCUGCUAGGGAGCUUCAAGUGCAGCAGACUCAACUGAUUGCUGCCGCAGCUGCCGGUGUUGCUGCUGAGGGUUUAUCACCGCAAGAAGCAAAGGCAGAAGCAGAAAAUGCUGCCCAACUUUCUGUUGCAUUGGCGGAGAAUGCAAUUGUCAUUUUAAUGCUGGUAGAAGACCAUUUAAGGUUGCAAGGACAGCUAUUUUGCAAUUCCUGUUCAGUUGAUGGUGUUGGAUCUCCUGCCACAGGGACUUCAUCUGCCCCCAGUCGUUCAAAUUCUUUAGGUCAAGCUGGUAGCGAAUCUAUGGACACUCUGGGUUCAAGGCGGUCAUCGUUGUCUGGUGACUCAGGAGGUCUUCCAUUGGAGGUUCUUGCUUCCAUGGCUGAUGCGAAUGGGCAAAUUUCUGCAGCAACCAUGGAACGCCUCACUGCAGCCGCAGCUGCCGAGCCUUAUGAAUCUGUUAGACACGCGUUUGUAUCUUAUGGUAGUUGCGUUCUUGAUCUUGCUGAGGGUUGGAAGUAUAGAAGCCGACUGUGGUAUGGUGUUGGCCUUCCCACCAAAUCAACAAUAUUUGGUGGUGGCGGAAGCGGUUGGGAAUCUUGGAAAUCCGUUCUGGAGAAGGAUUCCAAUGGAAACUGGAUCGAACUUCCACUAGUGAAAAAAUCUGUUGCCAUGCUUCAGGCACUUCUGUUAGAUGAUUCUGGGCUUGGUGGUGGUCUUGGUCUUGGAGGUGGAUCUGGCACUGGGAUGGGGGUUAUGGCUGCACUCUACCAAUUGUUGGAUAGUGAUCAGCCAUUUUUGUGCAUGCUGCGCAUGGUGCUUCUUUCGAUGAGGGAGGAUGAUAAUGGUGAAGAUGAUAUAUUUAUGAGGAACAUCAGUGUAAAAGAAGGCAUAUCAGAAGGAAUAGGCUAUCAAACUGCGAAUGUGAUGCCUUUAGAGAGUAACAACCGCUUAUCGACAAGGAAACCCCGUUCAGCACUACUUUGGAGUGUGCUUGCACCAAUUCUCAACAUGCCUAUAGCUGAAUCAAGGAGACAGAGGGUGUUGGUUGCUUCUUCAAUUUUGUAUUCUGAGGUGUGGCAUGCCAUUGGCAGGGACCGAAAACCUCUACGGAAGCAGUAUGUUGAGGCAAUUAUACCACCAUUCGUAGCAAUCCUAAGACGGUGGCGACCACUUUUGGCUGGUAUUCAUGAACUUACUUCUUCAGAUGGUCAAAAUCCUCUCAUUGUGGAUGAUCGCGCAUUGGCAGCAGAUGCACUGCCUGUUGAGGCUGCUCUUUCAAUGAUAUCCCCUGGCUGGGCUGCUGCUUUUGCAUCACCGCCCGCUGCUAUGGCACUGGCGAUGAUUGCUGCUGGUGCAGCUGGUGGAGAAACAGUGAUGCCCGCACGGAACACUCUACAUAGGCGUGACACAUCUUUACUCGAGCGUAAAGCAGCUAGACUGCAUACAUUUUCGAGUUUUCAACAGCCUGUCGACACAUCUAGCAAGUCCACUCCUGUACCAAAGGAUAAAGCAGCUGCAAAGGCAGCUGCUCUUGCUGCUGCACGUGAUCUAGAACGAAAUGCUAAGAUUGGCUCGGGCAGGGGCCUCAGUGCUGUGGCAAUGGCUACAUCAGCUCAAAGGAGAAGCGCAAGCGAUACUGAGCGUGCAAAGAGAUGGAAUAUUUCCGAAGCCAUGGGCGCGGCUUGGACAGAAUGCCUUCAAUCUGUCGAUUCCAAAUCGGUAUCGGGGAGGGAUUUUUCAGCUCUUUCUUAUAAGUAUGUUGCUGUUCUUGUGGCAAGUUUUGCUCUGUCAAGAAACAUGAAACGCAUAGAGGUGGAUAGGCGUGCACAAGUUGAUGUUUUAGAUAGAUACCGUUUAUCAAUCGGAGCUCGUGCAUGGCGAAAUCUUCUUCAUUGCUUGAUAGAGAUGAAUGGGCUUUUUGGACCUUUUGGAGACCUUCUAUGUAAAUCUAGCCGUAUCUUCUGGAAGCUAGAUUUUAUUGAAAGUUCGUCGAGAAUGAGAAGGUAUAUGAAAAGGAAUUAUAAAGGAACUGAUCAUUUGGGUGCUGCUGCUGAUUAUGAGGAGCGACUUCUCCUUAACUCUGGUGCAGAACCAGAUAGACGCCGUACAGAUGAUAAAGACUCUUCAUUUACAACCAGCCUUCCUGCUAGUGCUUCUAUUAUAAUGGAGGAUGCUAUUUCCAUUGGUGAAAGGACUGAAGAUGAUGAACAGAUCGAAGGUGAUAAUACUGGCAACAAUAUUGACAAUCCGCAAAGACGGUCAUCAACUGCUGAUCAAUCUUUGGAGGACAGGAAUUCCGGAACUUCUGGUGAUCAUAACUUGGUUCAAUCUGCACCAAUAGUUGCUCCUGCUUAUGUUCUUAGUGAGAGCGAUGAAAGAAUCAUUGUUGAGCUUCCUUCUUUAAUGGUGCGACCACUGAAGGUUGUGCAAGGAACCUUCCAAAUAACAUCAAAGAGAAUUAAUUUCAUCGUUGAUGACAAUGCAAGUAGCACUUCCUCAGAGGAAAGGGUGUCUACCAGUAAUCAAUCCAAUGAGCGAGAAAAAGAUCGAAGUUGGUUGAUCACUUCCCUUCAUCAGAUAUUUAGUAGAAGGUACCUGCUAAGGAGGAGUGCUUUGGAGUUGUUUAUGGUUGAUCGGUCAAACUUCUUUUUUGAUUUCAUGAAUAUAGAAGGGCGCAAGAGUGCUUACCGAGCUAUCAUUCAAGCUCGACCUCCUCACUUAAAUGAUAUCUAUUUGGCCACACAGAGACCAGAGCAAAUCUUUAAAAGAACUCAAUUGAUGGAACGAUGGGCUAGAUGGGAGAUUAGCAAUUUUGAAUAUCUAAUGGAACUCAACACUCUGGCUGGACGUAGUUACAAUGACAUUACCCAGUAUCCUGUUUUCCCUUGGAUUUUAGCAGAUUAUUCUUCCAAAACAUUGAAUCUUGAAGAUCCUGCUACAUACCGGGAUCUUUCAAAGCCAAUUGGUGCACUAAAUCCUGAGAGACUAAAGAAGUUCCAAGAGCGAUAUGCUACUUUUGAUGAUCCAUUCAUUCCCAAGUUCCAUUAUGGUUCGCACUACUCCAGUGCGGGAACGGUCCUAUAUUACCUUGUCAGAGUGGAACCGUUUACGACUCUCGCAGUUCAGCUACAAGGUGGAAAGUUUGACCAUGCUGAUCGUAUGUUUUCUGAUAUUGGCAGUACCUGGAAUGGUGUUCUUGAAGACAUGAGUGAUGUGAAAGAGCUGGUUCCUGAGAUGUUUUACCUACCAGAAGCGCUUACUAAUGUGAACUCGAUUGACUUUGGUACAACUCAACUAGGAGGGAAGUUAGAUUCUGUCCACUUGCCAGUUUGGGCUGAGAGCCCUGUGGAUUUCAUACAUAAACAUCGCAAGGCUCUUGAGAGUGAGCAUGUCUCUGCUCAUCUGCAUGAAUGGAUCGACCUCAUAUUCGGAUACAAGCAACGAGGUAAAGAAGCUAUGGCGGCAAAUAACGUCUUUUUCUAUAUUACAUACGAGGGGACUGUUGAUAUUGAUAAAAUCACUGAUCCAGUUCAACGACAAGCUAUGCAAGACCAGAUUGCAUACUUUGGGCAAACCUCAUCCCAGCUGUUGACUGUUCCGCAUAUGAAGAGAAAACCCCUAGCUGAUGUGUUGCACCUACAGACUAUAUUCCGAAACCCAAAUGAAAUUAGACCAUAUGCGGUCCCGAACCCAGAGCGUUGCAAUGUGCCUGCUGCUUCUAUGUUCGCCUCAAAUGAUUCGAUAGUGGUUAUCGAUGUAAAUGCACCUGCAGCACAUGUGGCACUCCACAAAUGGCAGCCAAACACUCCUGAUGGUCAAGGGACGCCUUUCCUCUUUCAGCAUGGGAAAGCUGCUACGAGUUCCAGUGGUGGGGCCCUCAUGCGUAUGUUUAAAGGGCCUGGUGGGUCUGGCUCCGAAGAUUGGCAGUUCCCUCGAGCUAUAGCAUUUUCUGCUCCUGGAAUAAGAGGCUCAGCAAUUGUUGCAGUCACACCCGACAAAGAAAUCCUCACUGGUGGGCAUGCUGAUAAUUCUGUUAAGUUGAUCUCCUCGGAUGGUGCAAAGACCAUUGAAACAGCUUUUGGACAUUGUGCCCCUGUGACUUGCCUCGCUCUCUCUCCUGACAGCCACUAUUUAGUAACAGGCUCUCGGGACACAACUGUAAUUCUAUGGAGAAUGCACCGCCCGUCCCCUUCACACAAAAAGAGCUCCUCCGAUCCUUCCUCCCCUUCACCGGCUACUCCAAGAAGCCCUUUGGCGGCCGGUAACAUCUCUAAUAGCCCUUCCACAGAAGCUAAUCGGAGGCGUCGGAUCGAAGGGCCGAUGCAUGUGCUAAGAGGCCAUCUUGGAGAAGUAGUUUCUUGUUCUGUUAGUUCGGACUUGGGGCUUAUUGCUUCCUCUUCAGAUGCUUGUGGUGUGCUUCUACACUCACUCAGAAGGGGCAGGCUUAUGCGGAGGCUAGAUGUUAAGGGAGCAGAUGCAGUACGUCUCUCCUCUCAGGGAGUCGUAUUGAUUUGGAACCAGUUGGAGAAAACACUCUCUACCUUCUCUGUGAAUGGUAUCCCUAUAGCAACGAGAGUGUUAUCACCUUUCCCUGGCAGGAUAAGCUGCAUCGAGAUUUGUGCUGAUGGUGAAUAUGCUCUGCUAGGAACCUGUUCCUCUAUUGAUGAUAACCUUAAAGUUGCUAUCAGUACAGAGGAUUGUGAAUCGCGGGUUGAGCAGCCUGAUGCUGAAAAGCACGGGUCACAUUCGUAUGAAGCUAGUGAAUCGGUUCCUGUGCCUUCCAUCUGCUUCGUUGAUGUGCACACUCUGAAGGUUUCCCAUAGAUUAUUACUAAAAAAGGGUCAAGAUGUAUCUUCUAUAGCCUUAAACAAGGACAACACCAACCUUCUUGUUUCAACUGCAGAUAAGCAGCUGAUAGUCUUCACUGAUCCUGCUUUGAGCUUGAAGGUCGUGGAUCAGAUGCUUCGGCUUGGGUGGGAAGGCGAUGGUCUACUUCGAUCAUGAGAAAGGGUGCUUGCAGCUAAUCCUCUAAAGUUGGGCACCUUUAUUUAUUCCGAGGUGCGGAAAAACCAGUUGUGCAGAAAUUAGAUUGAUAUAGUAGAAACAUACUAUGCACAUAUUACACGGAGGAUGGAGGAAAAAGCUUAAAAGGUAAUGGUCGUAUUUUACUUUUCUUAGUAUGUUUAUAACUUCAAAACUUUUUUGUUUCAUAGACACCGAAAAUUCAAUUUUGUAGUAGUCAGCUCUUUCGUAUUCGUUAAUUCCGUUUUUCUCCUUUUCUUUCAUUGCCCAUAUUACAGUUGUAUGUAUUUUCAGCAGGAUGAGUGUCAUCCUUCUUGUCUCCCAGGUGCAGCUUUGUAAGUUGCAUGCUCAAUACGAAAUUUAGUGUAAUUUGGUGUUCAUUGCAUUA